AUGGAUUCUCUGGCAACAUCAAUCAACCAGUUUGCCCUGGAGUUUAGCAAAAAGCUAUCUGAAUCUUCAGAGGGUAAAAAUAUUUUCUUUUCCCCCUGGGGCAUCUCAACUUCCUUGGCUAUGGUGUACUUUGGCACCAAAGGUACCACUGCAGCUCAAAUGGCCCAGGUGCUUCAAUUGAACCAAGGCCACGACCUCAAAUCUUGUCCUGAAAGUGAAAAGAAAAGGAAAAUGGAAUUCAAUUUGGACAAAGUUGAAGGAAUAUACUCUAAUUUCCAGACACUUAUCUCAGAAAUCAACAAGCCCAACAAUGCCUACAUCCUUAAGACAGCCAAUGGGUUAUACGGUGAGAAGACAUAUCCAUUUUACAAUAAAUAUCUAGAUGACAUGAAAAAAUACUUUGGAGCAGAGCCACAGUCUGUUAAUUUCAUAGAAACUCCUGACCAAACCAGAAAGGAGGUCAACUCUUGGGUUGAAAACCAGACUGAAGGAAAAAUCUUGAAUCUCUUACCUGAGGAUUCUGUGGGUCCUACAACUAGGAUGGUUCUAGUGAAUGCCCUUUACUUUAAAGGAAUGUGGGAGCAACAGUUCUCAGUUGAAAACACCACAGAAAAACCUUUCCGAAUAAACAAGACCACAAGCAAACCAGUACAGAUGAUGUCGAUGAAACAAAAGCUUCCAGUAUUUCACAUAGAACAGCCACAAGUCACGGGUCUUCAACUGUACUAUGAGAGCCGUGACCUCAGCCUUCUCGUACUGCUGCCAGAAGACAUCAGUGGACUGGAGCAGCUAGAAAAGACCAUCACCUACGAGAAGUUGAAUGAGUGGACCAGUGAAGAGAUGAUGGAAUUAUAUGAAGUGCAAUUGCAUCUCCCAAAAUUCAAGCUGGAAGAAAGUUAUGACCUCAAAUCAGCCCUGAUCAGUCUGGGGAUGAGCGAUGCCUUUAGCCAGAGCAAAGCUGAUUUCUCAGGGAUGUCUUUGGAGAGAAACCUCUUUCUGUCCAAUGUUUUCCACAAGUCUUUCCUGGACAUAAAUGAAAAAGGGACAGAGGCUGCGGCGGGCUCUGGGAGUGAGGUCGAUUUCCGGAUUCGACUCCCUUCCAUAGAAUUCAAUGCAGACCACCCAUUCCUCUUCUUCAUCAGGCAUGACAAAACCAAGAGUAUCCUUUUUUAUGGACGCUUUUGCUCCCCGUAA